UCAGUCUGAGUAAUGUGCUUCUUGCACUGUGGAAAAAAAUGCAUACACUCUUUCCUUGCCAAUGAUCAAGUUUGAUUUUGCAUGUUUAAAGUCUGAAUCCAUAAAAUCAUUUAUAUAUUUGUAACAAAAGUUCUGCAUUACUGCCAAAAAAGGUCAGGCUUGUACACCAGCGUAUGAAUGUGUAUUACUAUUUCCCUUCCUGCGACACACAGAUGGAUAGACCUGUCCUGUCAAGCCUGGAGCCAUUAUGCCUUUUGGUUUCUCGGGAUGUCAUUUAAAUGACAUAAUGCGGGUAUUAGAAAAUGAGUGAAUACUUGAAUGAUAGGCCACCACUGCCUCUCAAACGCACGCUCUUACAAACUCAUUUGUAUAAACAUUACUUGUUGAAAAUAGUUAAUAUAGGCACCAUAAAUAAAAACAUUUAUGUUUUAAAAUAUUGUCCGUUUAGAAUGCAAACUUGUUUUUCUCAAACAUUAAUUUGGACAGCAUGGCUGAAUUUAGCAUGGGUCCAGACCUCUCAGAUAUCCAGAUUUUCCCAGAAUCUCAUCUGCUCUUCAUUAAAUAUGUGGUUUUCUAGGGAAAAAAAUCAUUCGGAAUGGAAAUCAGUACAUGACAAAUGUUUGGGUUUCAAGUUCAUAUCCUUCAGAAAAUGCAUGCGAAAGCAAAACUUGCUAUUCUAACAACUGCCUAUAUUUAAAAGCGAUAUUUAUAAAUUGUCCAUGAUUUUCGGCCUGUCUUAUCCAGAUUUAUUGCACUGUGGUUGAGAUGUACGGUGGCUCCUUAACACAUAAAUGCAGCACAUAAAUAUAUAUUUUUACAACGUAAAGUGACAGAUGACCUUUUGUAAAACGCUCCUGGUAAAUGCAACAUGCCAGGUAACCUGUUGUAAGGCAUUGGCUGGCGCAACAACAGCAAUCACAUUUCGGUUAAAGAUUUUUUUUUUCCGCAUGCCGCAGGCUUUUGUCUGACAAAUUAUAGCACCCAUGAAUCUUUGCGAACAGUAAACUAGGAAGCCGUGAGGAUACUUGUUACUAUCUUAAUAAGACAAAGACUGUUUUAAUUUUAUUAAUAAAGUUACUGUGUAACACUGCUUAUUGAGACGCUUGUGGUAAGGGAUGCCUGGGCAGUCACAAAGCCCUCGGGCACCUCGGGAUGCUAGGACCGCAAGUGGUAGCGGACGGUUUGACUUUGGGUCCCUCAGUAGGCCUCCAGUGGGACCGGGGACCACUCUGCAGCGACAAGGGUCCGAUCCAAGCUCGUCCCCAGCACGGCUGCGGUCUUCCGAGAGUCCUUCUCACCGCGGCAGAGAUCACUCCGGUUCUUUUUCGGGUCCUAGUUCUGGAUCGAGUGGGCAGCAGUUGCCAGAACAGGACUGUAUAAAACUGAACCCUUCAUUCAUUGGUAUUUUUGCAAGCUCCUUACUUGCAGUCGAUCUAUGGAUGUCCAAAAAGCUUGGGGUUUGUGCCGGAGAGAAUUCAUCCUGGGGCAGUGUGAGACCCAUUAUGAAACUAUUGGAGAUCUCUGGGCAUGGUAUCCCCUGGAUAGCUUGCACCGUUUACUGUCUUUUCAAGAGUGACAGUUCGGCAGGACAAGAAGUGAUGUUAAACCUUCUAUUUGCUUUGAUACUGGACCUGAUCUUGGUGGGUGUGCUGAAAGCCUUAGUUCGCAGACGACGUCCGUCACAUAACAAGAUGGAUAUGUUUGUUACCUUAUCAGUGGAUAAGUAUUCCUUCCCAUCAGGGCAUGCAACCAGGGCUGCAAUGGGUGCAAGAUUCUUCCUUAACCACUUGGUACUUGCCAUUCCUGUAAGAAUUCUGAUUGUUUUGUGGGCAUUUGUUUUGGGGAUCUCCAGAGUGAUGCUUGGAAGACAUAAUGUAACAGAUGUGGUUUGUGGUUUCUUCAUCGGAUACCUGCAAUACAGUCUAGUUGAAUAUCUGUGGUUGUCACCAAGUACUCUUAAUUUGUUUUUUGAACCAUGACACAGACCUGUAGUGCCUGAUGUUCAUCUUAACAUUCCAUGCUAACUAAUAUUGGAUUACAAUCAAUGCAGCUGCUUCAGCUAUGCCAUACUUUGGAAAAAUUGCGGGUCUCUUUCAUGUGCUUGUGUUAUCUGUUACUUGUGUUGCUGACAUCUCCUUAAAUCUGCAGUACGUUUAUGUGACUGGCUAAUGUGGACAUUGCAAAAAUCACUUGAUGUCAAAGUGCAUGUUGUUUUUAAUGAACCUCAGUUCACCCAUGAACUAAACGGCUUUCCAUGCCGAGACUUUGAGAAUGUUUAAUAACAUGAUGGUUAGCAAAAGAAGAGUGCCUUCAUUCAAUAUCACAUAACUUUCCCUGUUGGAACUAUUGCUGUGCACUUGUAUGAAACAGAAAAUCUAAAGAAAAAAAUAUUACUCUGAAGAUAUUUCCUAGAACUAAAAUCAUCAUAAUGCUGUUGUGUGCUACAGUGCUUUCAUGUAAGAAUAUAGAACAAGGAAUGCACAGCUGCUCAUCGUAAAAGAGGCCAUAUUGAUUUAAAUUUCAAAACAAGAAAGAAUCUCAUGAGAUGACUGACACAGUUUAAUUAAAAAAAACGAUUUCAUAGUUAAGGCA